ACGUACCGCCGGAGCGUCUCGACGCUUAUUUUCCUUUACGCACAUACACGCGGCGUACACCUACGCGAAUAACCGAUGCCGGCUGUGCUGAUUUGAUCUCGCGCCAAAUUCCUGCCGGCCGAUUAUUCUUGAUCUUCGAUGCGUAGAUGAAGUUGUUGUGUGUGUGUUAGAGCGGUGAAGCGAGAACGAGUUUCCCGGCGUAUCUGGUGCAGCGAGAUCGGUAUUGGAUUGUUGCCCCCGCAAAACCGAGAUCGGUGUCGCUUUUCCGCGGCCGGUCGCGCGAUUAUGAGACAGCCCAGGCGAGUAACAGCUGUUGCUGCGACUGUCCAGCAGCCCAGUGCGCGAAAUCGUUCCGAUGAUAGUAGUGCAGCCCUGUGCGAUCGGUACGACGAUGUCCUCUGACGUCCGGUGAAUAAUCGAUAUUUUCGCGUACAAGUGUAUUUUUCUACGCCAAUUAUUAUUUUUUUUUCCGAUUCCGCAAAGAAGAUGAGUGUGUGCUGCGUAUAAGCCGCGAGUGAUCGGAACAAUAUCGAACAAAACCGCGCGCUCGGAAAGACGAUAGCGAUUGAUAACCGCCAGAAGCAACAAACCCGCCGCAGCGCGGAGCCCCAUUGUUCGGAAGAAUCGUCGAGGGAUAUGAAGAAGAAUCAUCGGAAGAGACUCGCCGGACGAGACUCUCUUCGCGCUUCUAGUGGCCUAUAGACCGUCUAUACCUCCAUAUACACGAACAGUCUAGCAGCGAUUCAGCCACCCCCGGAAAGGCCCCAUGAGCAGCCAGCCCGACGACGAUGAGACUGGGCUCGAGACUGUUGCCGCUCGUCCUGCUGCUGAUCGGCGUCACGGGUCUGCGGACUGACCCUCGUCGUCCGUCAGCGGGUCCGCGUCAGAUAAUCAGCCGGAACGUCACCGGUCUGCAGCUCGACCACCGGGGCAACGUCAUGGAGAUAGUCGAGGAGCGAACCUGUUCGGCAGCGCUGGUCCGACUCACCUGCAGUUCCCUCACCUCCUUCAUGUUCAUCCUGGAGGCCGAGUAUCAGCCGAACCGAACCGACGCCUGCGUCUACGACAAGCAGAGCUGGUGUCGGUACAAGUCGAUAUUCGCCAUGAUCAGGAAUCUUCAGCUCAGGAGGGGCUUUCUCAGGGGAAGCUACCCUGGUGAACUCGACGAGAACCCGUUCGAGUUCAAGAGCACUAUUAAUCGCAGGUGUGCCGGACGUCACCAUUGUCGUUAUAGGGUAACGUCCGAUCAUCCGGAGGCGCUUUUCUGGAAGCCCGCGAACAUCAGGAUAAAGUACGCUUGCGUACCAGAGGCCUCGGUCUACAAGUACUGCAACGCCGAUGUCAAAGUGCCGGUUGGCUUGCAGGGCGGCUUUCUCAAGAGCCCGGGCUACCCGCUCUAUUACCUCGGAGGAAUCACGUGCGGAUGGACAUUCAGGUCGCUUCCCGGCCAGAGGAUAGUCCUGACGUUUCACGACCUCAGCAUCCGCGAGCACGAGAGGGACGGAAGCUGCUUGGACGUCGUCAGGGUACGGGACAACGGGAACACGCUGCUCGAGAGCUGCGGCAGCAUAGCCGGUCUCAGGAUCGUCUCGAACACGAACGUCGUGACGCUGAACCUCGUCUCCUCCGCGAGGCUCUAUCCGGCUCGAGGAUUUUUCCUGCAGUAUCAAGUUUUAGGGUGUCCCGACGUGACGGCGCCCCUCGGCAGCCGCGUCUCGAACGGAACUCUGGAAUCGAGGAGCUUUCUCUGCAGAGCCGGCACAUUGUUCCCGGACACAGGACAAAGAGCACGCACGAUUCAUUGUCGAAGCGGUGAAUGGCAGGAGGACGUCCCAAGCUUACCGGGCUGCGUCUCUUCGUCGACGCUUAUCUUGAGGAGCGACGAGUCGGACGGCAGUGAUCGACUGCAGGCCGCCGCUGGUACUAGUGGCAGUAGCAUCGAGAGAGACGGCGCAGCCGGCAACCUGGACUACGAGACGAGGACAGAUCGAGUCGACCUCGAGGACGCAGUCGCGAAAACUGUCAACUAUAGCAUUAUGGAUCAGACGCAGCCAGCCAUGAUCAAGGACGGAGACUACGUUGUAGACGUCAUCCUCCCGACGCUCCUCAUCGCUCUGCUGUUCGUCGGCAACGCCGUCAUCGUCUACAUCAUCUUUCACUUCAGAAAGAGGAAUGUGGACGCUUUCAGAAAAACGCCCGCAGAGGAGCGAGAAGAUAUCGCCCUGAGCGCGACGGCGAACGGCGCUACCGACCACCAAGUCUGACUGUGGUUACCCAACGGCAACCAACAACGACCGCUAUCCUAGAGAACGCACGAGGCUCUCUUUAUCUUCAAGGCCUAAUUGCCGGGACUUCAGCCGCAGUGGAGACCGAUUAAUUUCAUCAUCGCAACGACUACAUCGACUCAUUUUCCUACUUUCAAUCCACAUUAUAAUUUACACGAACGCAUCGUCUUCUCAUAGAGCAUUUAACAGCGAAUACCCUAUGGAGUAUUCCGCAUCGAUUGCGCGGACGGAAUGAACGUCUAGCGAUCCUUUUUUUACAUAUAUACUUCGAGAAGCCUGGACGCGACAAAGAAAGUGUAAUAUCUGCCAAAAAGAAAUAAUUUAGCGAAUCUACACGCGUUUCGAUUGCCAUACAACGUCGAUUUAAUGAAUGUGCUGCAGCGAUUCUUUCGAAAAUAACUCGAUUUUACGAUGAUGUACUAUAUAAAUAAAAUAGAUAAAAGAUACAUAAUAUAAAUAUAUAUAUAUAUAUUUCGUCCAAAUUGUAUUUAAGUUAAAUAAAAACGAACGUUUUCAUAAACUC